UUGAAGGGAAAAUCGAGCGGCGCUCUUGGAUUGGCCGGCGGGCCGAUGGUGUCCUGAGACGAGACAAUUUGGGCGAGAGAUUGCUUGAAAACCUAGAAAACGACAUUCGUUGUUGGUUUGGUUUUGUUCGGCUCUGUGAUGGUCUCAACUGGGGCAAAGUUGGAUGUCUCGACUUGGGAUGGAACCCUUUCUUCGUGUGAGUUUCGUCUUUCUGCGAUCGCUUUCGCCGAGAGAUGGAAGAGGUUUAACUCCGCUGCUCUCCCUCACUGGUUAUGGAUUUCUUCUUCAAAUCUCCCUUGGAUAGCCGCCAAUGAAGCAGAAGGAUAUUUAUCUCUAGAGGACGUGAUUCUGAACGGGCAUACUGAGGACAAUCACGAUGAAGGAUGUCACACAGAAGAAGAAGAGCCUAGUUACUCUGGUCAGGAUGAUACCGUGGAUGAUGCAAUUUUGGUUGGAAGCUAUGGACAUGAAGUUCAUCAUUAUGAUUUCCACAUGGUAUACAGCUCGUCAUAUAGGGUUCCAGUGCUUUAUUUCCGUGGAUACUGCAGUGAUGGGCAGCCUUUGGCACUGGGUGACAUUGAAAAGGACCUAUUGAUCAACUCUGCAAAGGUGCUUAUGGAAUCUAAAUGGACAUUCAUAACUCAGGAGGAACACCCCUACUUGAACAGGCCAUGGUACACACUGCAUCCUUGUGGGACCGGUGAAUGGAUGAAGCUACUGGUUAUUACGGAUCCUUCAUGGGCCAAAGGUGAAAUCUCAUUUGAAAAGUACCUGAUUUCAUGGCUUUCAGUUGUUGGGCAGGUGGUUGGUCUCAGAAUCCCUUUUGAAAUGUGCAACUACUCCUCCAUUCCUUGAACAAGAUUGAAGAUUCCCAGUUGACAGUAUCAAAGAUUAAUAAUGUCCACUUCCUAUAUUUCACCCUUUUUCUCAUAUACUGUCUGCAAAAAUAAAUAAAAGGAAAAAAAAAAGAGACAGCCAGACAGACUUCUUCUCUAUAAGAGCUUGCAAAAGCUUCUGCUGAUGCUAUGAAAUGGUAGAAUAACAACGUUCAUUUCAUUUGGGAAUUUACAGUUUAA